AUGGUAAACGUUUUACUGUGUAAAGUGGCAACUGCUACCCGGGGACAACUGCUGCCCAGCGACAACUGCUGCCCAGCGACAACUGCUGCCCAGCGACAACUGCUGCCCAGCGACAACUGCUGCCCAGCGACAACUGCUGCCCAGCGACAACUGCUGCCCAGGGACAACUGCUGCCCAGCGACAACUGCUGCCCAGGGACAACUGCCGCCCAGCGACAACUGCUGCCCAGCGACAACUGCUGCCCAGGGACAACUGCUGCCCAGGGACAACUGCUGCCCAGCGACAACUGCUGCCCAGCGACAACUGCUGCCCAGGGACAACUGCUGCCCAGCGACAACUGCUGCCCAGGGACAACUGCUGCCCAGCGACAACUGCUGCCCAGGGACAACUGCUGCCCAGCGACAACUGCUGCCCAGCGACAACUGCUGCCCAGCGACAACUGCUGCCCAGGGACAACUGCUGCCCAGCGACAUAUGCUGCCCAGCGACAACUGCUGCCCAGGGACAACUGCUGCCCAGCGACAACUGCUGCCCAGGGACAACUGCUGCCCAGCGACAACUGCUGCCCAGGGACAACUACUGCCCAGCGAAAACUGCUGCCCAGCGACAACUGCUGCCCAGCGACAACUGCUGCCCAGCGACAACUGCUGCCCAGCGACAACUGCUGCCCAGCGACAACUGCUGCCCAGGGACAACUGCUGCCCAGCGACAACUGCUGCCCAGCGACAACUGCUGCCCAGGGACAACUGCUGCCCAGCGACAACUGCUGCCCAGGGACAACUGCUGCCCAGCGACAACUGCUGCCCAGCGACAACUGCUGCCCAGCGACAACUGCUGCCCAGCGACAACUGCUGCCCAGGGACAACUGCUGUCCAGGGACAACUGCUGUCCAGCGACAACUGCUGCCCAGCGACAACUGCUGCCCAGGGACAACUGCUGCCCAGCGACAACUGUUGCCCAGGGACAACUGCUGCCCAGCGACAACUGCUGCCCAGCGACAACUGCUGCCCAGGGACAACUGCUGCCCAGCGACAACUGCUGCCCAGGGACAACUGCUGCCCAGCGACAAUUGCUGCCCAGCGACAACUGCUGCCCAGCGACAACUGCUGUCCAGCGACAACUGCUGCCCAGCGACAACUGCUGCCCAGGGACAACUGCUGCCCAGCGACAACUGCUGCCCAGCGACAACUGCUGCCCAGGGACAACUGCUGCCCAGCGACAACUGCUGCCCAGCGACAACUGCUGCCCAGCGACAACUGCUGCCCAGGGACAACUGCUGCCCAGCGACAACUGCUGCCCAGCGACAACUGCUGCCCAGGGACAACUGCUGCCCAGCGACAACUGCUGCCCAGCGACAACUGCUGCCCAGCGACAACUGCUGCCCAGCGACAACUGCUGCCCAGCGACAACUGCUGCCCAAGGACAACUGCUGCCCAGCGACAACUGCUGCCCAGCGACAACUGCUGCCCAGGGACAACUGCUGCCCAGGGACAACUGCUGUCCAGCGACAACUGCUGCCCAGAGACAACUGCUGCCCAGGGACGACUGCUGCCCAGGGACAACUGCUGCCCAGGGACAACUGCUGCCCAGGGACAACUACUGCCCAGGGACAACUGCUGCCCAGGGACAACUGCUGCCCAGCGACAACUGCUGCCCAGGGACAACUGCUGCCCAUGGACAACUGCUGCCCAGCGACAACUGCUGCCCAGGGACAACUGCUGCCCAGGGACAACUGCUGCCCAGCGACAACUGCUGCCCAGCGACAACUGCUGCCCAGGGACAACUGCUGCCCAGGGACAACUGCUGCCCAGCGACAACUGCUGCCCAGGGACAACUGCUGCCCAGGGACAACUGUUGCACAGGGACAACUGCUGCCCAGCGACAACUGCUGCCCAGCGACAACUGCUGCCCAGGGACAACUGCUGCCCAGGGACAACUGCUGCCCAGCGACAACUGCUGCCCAGGGACAACUGCUGCCCAGGGACAACUGCUGCACAGGGACAACUGCUGCCCAGCGACAACUGCUGCCCAGGGACAACUGCUGCCCAGGGACAACUGCUGCCCAGGGACAACUGCUGCCCAGGGACUACUGCUGCCCAGGGACAACUGCUGCCCAGGGACAACUGCUGCCCAGGGACAACUGCUGCCCAGGGACAACUGCUGCCCAGCGACAACUGCUGCCCAGGGACAACUGCUGCCCAGCGACAACUGCUGCCCAGGGACAACUGCUGCCCUGGGACAACUGCUGCCCAGCGACAACUGCUGCCCAGGGACAACUGCUGCCCAGCGACAACUGCUGCCCAGGAACAACUGCUACCCAGCGACAACUGCCGCCCAGCGACAACUGCUGCCCAGCGACAACUGCUGCCCAGCGACAACUGCUGCCCAGCGACAACUGCUGCCCAGGGACAACUGCUGCCCAGGGACAACUGCUGCCCAGGGACAACUGCUGCCCAGGGACAACUGCUGCCCAGGGACAACUGCUGCCCAGGGACAACUGCUGCCCAGGGACUACUGCUGCCCAGGACAACUGCUGCCCAGCGACAACUGCUGCCCAGCGACAACUGCUGCCCAGGGACAACUGCUGCCCAGGGACAACUGCUGCCCAGCGACAACUGCUGCCCAGGGACAACUGCUGCCCAGGGACAACUGCUACCCAGGGACAACUGCUGCCCAGGGACUACUGCUGCCCAGGGCCAACUGCUGCCCAGCGACAACUGCGCCCAGGGACAACUGCUGCCCAGCGACAACUGCUGCCCAGCGACAACUGCUGCCCAGCGACAACUGCUGCCCAGGGACAACUGCUGCCCAGGGACAACUGCUGCCCAGCGACAACUGCUGCCCAGCGACUACUGCUGCCCAGCGACAACUGCUGCCCAGGGACAACUGCUGCCCAGCGACAACUGCUGCCCAGCGACAACUGCCGCCCAGGGACAACUGCUGCCCAGCGACAACUGCUGCCCAGGGACAACUGCUGCCCAGCGACAACUGCUGCCCAGGGACAACUGCUGCCCAGCGACAACUGCUGCCCAGCGACAACUGCUGCCCAGCGACAACUGCUGCCCAGCGACAACUGCUGCCCAGCGACAACUGCUGCCCAGGGACAACUGCUGCCCAGCGACAACUGCUGCCCAGGGACAACUGCUGCCCAGGGACAACUGCUGCCCAGGGACAACUGCUGCCCAGCGACAACUGCUGCCCAGGGACAACUGCUGCCCAGCUACAACUGCUGCCCAGGGACAACUGCUGCCCAGGGACAACUGCUGCCCAGCGACAACUGCUGCCCAGCGACAACUGCUGCCCAGGGACAACUGUUGCCCAGGGACAACUGCAACCAAAUUCAAACAAAGAUGGCAACAGAUACGUCGUCAACUCUGAGGACUGA